AUGUCAGCCAGCCUCUUCCCAGCCCACCAGCGCCCGGAGCUGCUGGAUGAGCUGCACGGCAGAGUCCCGCAAGUUCCCUGCCCGGAGGGGCUGCUGGGGGCCUCGGUGCUGGAUUUCGUGGCCGACCUCUCCCUGGGCACUCCCCAGGGUGCCCCCAGGGCCGGACCGGGCCUGGGGCUCUGCGAGGUCACCUCCGGGCCUCCCUUCGGGGACAGAGCCCUGUCACUCCGGGAAGGGAUGGCCCGGGGACUGCCCCUGGCUGCCUUCGGAGAUGGAGAUCCCGAAGAUGAGGAAGAGGAGGAGGAAGAAGAGAGGAUGCGGAGCGCUUCCCUCUUGGACAGACCCAGGAGAAAGCGGGUUAUCACCUACGCCCAGCGCCAGGCUGCCAACAUACGGGAGAGAAAGAGGAUGUUCAACCUCAACGAGGCGUUUGAUCAGCUGAGGAAGAAGGUGCCCACCUUCGCCUACGAGAAGAGGCUCUCUCGGAUAGAGACAUUGCGCCUGGCCAUAGUCUACAUCUCCUUCAUGACUGAGCUCCUGGACAGCUGCAGCAGGCAGGAGGCGAGCUAG